AUGUCUCCGAAUCCUUUUAUGGAGAAGAAAAACGGAGGAUACAAGCAAGUAUGUCAAGUCCUCAAGGGUGGUCUUGAUCUCAAUUUUAUUGUGCUUGUCGACUUGAUGCCAGUUAGUUCAAGACAGCGUAUAUCUACCCUGAGGCAAAGCUGUCUUGUACGUGAUCAUUAUCGCUGCGUUAUUUCUCGAAAUUUCGAUUGGCGUGAAGCCGAAAGACGUUUCGAACAAGAUGGGGAAGAUUGUAAGGAUGACGAUGGAAAUCUUCUUCGAGACGAAUCAAACAACCGAUUUCAAUUCUUAGAAGUUGCCCACAUCUUACCCCAUUCUCUCACUGCGGUUUCCUCUGGUGAAACGGACCUGUAAUCUUCAUAAUCAUCCUGUUAA